CACCUGCAGACCGCGUGGCGGGCCUCUGUGCUGCGAAUGAGUAAGCGGGACCCACACAAAAGCUGAGCUCAUGCGCCUGCCAUAAGCACAUGAAUUUUACCGUCGUGGAUCGCGAGGAUGUCGUGCGUGGGAUGUUCUAGUCAGGCCCCCGCUGACUGAGAUAUAAUCCAUUCCAGUGAAUGGUGCUUGGGAGUGAAGACACAGUGCUCAAGGCAGAGGUACGAUGGAUCGAAAGGACUGGGGGCUCUAUGCACUCUCAAAGCAAUGUAGAUUUGAGAUAUAGCAGUGGUGGUUUAGCCGAGCUCGAUUCUGGAUCCUCCGCCGUCAACCAGCACAGCAGCUACCGUAACGAUCUGCCGUUGGAAGAUCGGAGGACUAGACCUUGGCUACAGGUAGCGGCGUCUGCAAUGAUCACAAAACUGAAGCGAGUUGAGGUGUCUCAUGAUCAUCAGCAAUCCUCGAGUAGCCUAUGAUCUGCACCAUGUCAGACUCGGAUCACCGCAAUCACAGACUAUUUCCCCACAAUUUCUCGCGUUUUCAGAUGGAAUCUGAACUGAAUCUGUCUUUUU